ACGUCCCCUCCGUUUUUUCCAUCAGUACAAUCAAAUCAACUGUGCUGUAGAAUGUAUUGCAAACUACACAUUGGCCAAAUGCGGCUGUGUGAAAUUUUCCAUGCCUCGAUUGUUUGAUACGGCCAUUUGCGAUGCCAGUCACAUAGAGUGUUAUCGUGAUUCGUUCAUACAGCUAUAUGAACUUGCGAUAAGAGCCAGCUUGACCGGAAAAUCGUUCAAAACCUGUCACUGUUUACCAUCGUGCACCUCUGUCGAAUAUCGCGUUGGAUUGUCUCAAGUUCCCAUCAACAACUUUCCCUACAAUUUAAACUUCACGCGUGACGAUGUGGAUUAUGCCCUAAUAUUUGUAUCGUUGAAAGAUCGCCACUACUUCCCAUUAUGGCGGAGGGAACUCGUGGGAACCAAUCAAGCCAUAGCUCAACUCGGUGGACUGUUUGCACUAUUGAUGGGGUCCAGUAUGCUGAGUUUUGCCGAAGUGGCUUAUUACUGUUGCAUUCGACCGUUCAGGAGGGAAUUACCUCGAAAGAAGAAGAAGAAGCAGCCAAUAAUUCGCCCCCGAAGUCGUGGCCAUCGGAUACAUCUGCGGAUUGAUCCUUGGUCAAAACAUCAACAUCAUCAAGGGUUGAUCAUCCGGUGAUAUAAUGGAGAAAAGCCAUUCAUCUUUACGGGAUGCCGCUCACAACAAUAAUAUUUUUUUCUACUCUUUGCUACAACUAUAAUAAAAUAAUUUGAAAUUCAAUGGAAA